UCACAUGGGACUGUUUAUUUUCUACCAGUAACUCUAUGUUCUGUAGACAGGCAGGCGUAUCUUCAGACACUAAUAAGUUACACUAUAGACUACUGCUGUACAAGUGGCAAGAAUUGCUAACCUUUAAGUUUCCUGAGUGCAAAUCCCUUUUUUGAAUAAAGGGUCAGCCAAGAUGGAGAUGAACUUGGCUGUAAAGUCUUUACUUUCCUGGGUGAACAGUUUAAAACUCUGUGACUCAGAGCUGACCAUCGAUGACUUGCAGGACGGAGUGAUCUUACUUAGACUUGUUUAUAUGCUGAAAAAGCAGCCCAUCCCCUGUCUAAAUGAUGCAACUGAGGAUCGGUUCAGAGUCAUUGCAGAGUUUCUAGAAAGGGACUGCAGAUUUAAUGCAAGCAAGAGCUCUUCUCUGCGUUGGGACCACAUUAGAGAUGGCAUCAGCCUAACAGCUGAAAUUUCAAAGGUGCUUUUGUUGCUUGUAUACCAUGAUAUGAUGAAUGACCACUGCACUCUGAACAUGUUGGACUGCGAUGUGGAGCGGGAACUAGCACACCUAACUAGUUCCUUUGUGAUGGAGAGUGAGGGUUGUGUUUAUUUGAGCGAGGAACUUGACGCUCAUCUGAGAGGAAAACAUUUGACUUUCUCUCAAGAAAUAUUUGAGCAAUCAGCAGCCACCUCUGGUACCAACAUGUCAAGCAUCUCUUCCUUCUUGGGUGAUGAGUCUCCUUUCUUCCACCGAACCAGUAGAAUUAAAUUUGUGGACAUAGAAACUGUGGCUUCUUCUUCAGUCAGCAGUUCUCCUCUGGAGGAUGUAAUGAACACACCGAAAUUUCAGCUGAGGAAAAUGCAGCGACAGAUGAUCAAGGAGCGAGACUACCGAGAUAGUUUGGAGAGGGAGCUGGCCAGCAAGAUUGCGCUCAUUGAACAAAGAGAGUCUCGCAUUAACCAGUUGCAGUACCGCCUGGAUAAACUAAAGGAAGAACAAGGUGAUCAGGAGCAUGUUACCAAAGAACAAAUUAAUGAGCUUGAGAUCAAGAACGAUGACUUACAAAAGCGUCUUAAUGAGAUGCUGAAGCAAAAUAAAGACCUCAAGACAAACACUUCACUCAUGGAGCGCAAAGUGGAUGAGCUUGCAGAUGAAAACGGUGUGCUUUCUUCUCAGGUGAGAGCUGUGUGCUCACAGCUUGCCGCCUUUGAGACAGAAGUUGGUAGACUGACGGAAAGUCAAGCGUCCGCUCAGGAGGAGUGGAGAAACAAAAGAAACAAUCUACAGUCUGAGCUCAACCAAGCAACUGCUCAAAAGGAACUCCUUACAGAACAAAUUCAAAUCCUUCAAGGAAAGAUUUCCUGUUUGGAGGAUGAAAUAAGCAAGGCCAGUAAGGAUGAAGUUGGGGAAAAUAUGGGACCCAUAGUAGAGAGAGAAAUGUUGGAGACUGAAAUCAGGGGUUUGAAGAAUGAGCUAGAGACUACACAUUUCUCCCUGAAAAAGGCUGAGCUGGAGAUUCAUGCUAAAACUCAGCAACUGGAGGAAUGCCACCAAGAAAUUAAGGAGAUACAUGAGCAGAGGGGAGUUCUUCAAGAAGAGAUCAGAGUCCUUAAGCUUCAGCUUGAGCAGGUUGAGGAGCAAAAAAAUGAGCAGACAGACAGGCUACAACAGCAUAUUGCUGCUUGUGAACAAGAAAUUAAAAAACUACAGGAAAUUAAGCAAGCAAAGGAAGAUCUUCUUCAUCAGACUGAAGAAAAGGUGAACGAUCUUGAGACAAAGUUAGCUGCUGCUACUUCUCUGUUGGCUGUUAAAGAGCAACAAAUUAACAGUCUCAAAGAUGAAGUUGACAUUCUUACACAUGAAACUAACAAAAACAAAGAUGAAAUUCAAGCCAAAGAAGAAGAGCUUGCCAAGUUACUUCUUGAGAAGUCUAAUGUGCAAGAAACUCUCAGUGACAAAAUCCAGAUCUUAACAGCUCAAGUGGAAGACCUUAGUUCAUCUCUCAAACAGGCGGAGCAGGAAAUUCACAUGAAGCAAGACUUGCUAGAUAAAACCACACAAGAGAAUGUCCAACAAAUAGAGCUACUUCAACAACAAAGUGCUGAACAUAUGGAAGCACUCGAGAAGCAGAAGACAGCAUCUCGAGAAGAAAUCAAGAGGCUAAAUGCAGAUAUUCAUGCUAAGGAAGAACAGAUGGCUCUGCUAGAGACUGAGGCCUCUACAUGCUCUGAAUUGUUGCAGCAAGAGCUUGAUGAUCUGAACAACCAAAUAAAGAGCAUGACCCAUUCUCUUGAGAUGGCCAAGGAGCACGCUCAAGCCAGAGAAGCUGUAAUGGCCAAACAGCAAGAGGAAAGCACUUUGCAGAUUGAAGAGCUUGGGAAACACAUUUCAGUUCUUGAAGCAGAAGUGAAUCGACUGAAGCAGGAAAUCCAGACUAAAGAGGCUGAGGUAGAUGAGAUGAAGACCAACAACUACAUGGAGUCAGAGGCUCUACAGAAUGAGAUCCAAAGUCUUCAGGGUCAAGUGCAGUGUUUGAAUGAAUCACUGAAGACUGCAACAGAGCAGGCUCAGGUUAAAGAAAACCUGCUGAAACAGAAGGAAUUUGAGUUUUCUCAGGAAAAGGACUCUCUACAAAACAUGAUGAUGACCUCAGAAGAUGAGGUAAAGCGGCUGAGAGAGCAGGUCGAGGCCAAAGAAGAACAACUGGUCACACUUAGAAAAGAGGGCUCAAUCCACUCUGACAUGCUAGAACAAGAGAUCGAAACUCUGAAAAACCAAGUAUGUGACACGAGAGAGUCUCUCACAAAGGCAGAGGAGAAGUUUCAAGAGCAGCUAGUUGUGCUUGAAAAACAGGAGCAGGAGAGCGUCGUCCAGAAAGAGCUGUUGCAGCGACAACUGUUUGCCUCUGAGGAAGAGAUGAAGCGAAUGAAAAAUGAGGUCCAGGCAAAAGAGGAACAGAUGGCUCUGCUAGAGACUGAGGCCUCUACACGCUCUGAAUUGUUGCAGCAAGAGCUUGAUGAUCUGAACAACCAAAUAAAGAGCAUGACCCAUUCUCUUGAGAUGGCCAAGGAGCACGCUCAAGCCAGAGAAGCUGUAAUGGCCAAACAGCAAGAGGAAAGCACUUUGCAGAUUGAAGAGCUUGGGAAACACAUUUCAGUUCUUGAAGCAGAAGUGAAUCGACUGAAGCAGGAAAUCCAGACUAAAGAGGCUGAGGUAGAUGAGAUGAAGACCAACAACUACAUGGAGUCAGAGGCUCUACAGAAUGAGAUCCAAAGUCUUCAGGGUCAAGUGCAGUGUUUGAAUGAAUCACUGAAGACUGCAACAGAGCAGGCUCAGGUUAAAGAAAACCUGCUGAAACAGAAGGAAUUUGAGUUUUCUCAGGAAAAGGACUCUCUACAAAAUAUGGUGAUGACCUCAGAAGAUGAGGUAAAGCGGCUGAGAGAGCAGGUCGAGGCCAAAGAAGAACAACUGGUCACACUUAGAAAAGAGGGCUCAAUCCACUCUGACAUGCUAGAACAAGAGAUCGAAACUCUGAAAAACCAAGUAUGUGACACGAGAGAGUCUCUCACAAAGGCAGAGGAGAAGUUUCAAGAGCAGCUAGUUGUGCUUGAAAAACAGGAGCAGGAGAGCGUCGUCCAGAAAGAGCUGUUGCAGCGACAACUGUUUGCCUCUGAGGAAGAGAUGAAGCGAAUGAAAAAUGAGGUCCAGGCAAAAGAGGAACAGAUGGCUCUGCUAGAGACUGAGGCCUCUACAUGCUCUGAAUUGUUGCAGCAAGAGCUUGAUGAUCUGAACAACCAAAUAAAGAGCAUGACCCAUUCUCUUGAGAUGGCCAAGGAGCACGCUCAAGCCAGAGAAGCUGUAAUGGCCAAACAGCAAGAGGAAAGCACUUUGCAGAGUGAAGAGCUUGGGAAACACAUUUCAGUUCUUGAGGCAGAAGUAAAUAGAAUGAAGCAGGAAAUCCAGACUAAAGAGGCUGAGGUAGAUGAGAUGAAGACCAACAACUACAUGGAGUCAGAGGCUCUACAGAAUGAGAUCCAAAGUCUUCAGGGUCAAGUGCAGUGUUUGAAUGAAUCACUGAAGACUGCAACAGAGCAGGCUCAGGUUAAAGAAAACCUGCUGAAACAGAAGGAAUUUGAGUUUUCUCAGGAAAAGGACUCUCUACAAAAUAUGGUGAUGACCUCAGAAGAAGAGGUAAAGCGGCUGAGAGAGCAGGUCGAGGCCAAAGAAGAACAACUGGUCACACUUAGAAAAGAGGGCUCAAUCCACUCUGACAUGCUAGAACAAGAGAUCGAAACUCUGAAAAACCAAGUAUGUGACACGAGAGAGUCUCUCACAAAGGCAGAGGAGAAGUUUCAAGAGCAGCUAGUUGUGCUUGAAAAACAGGAGCAGGAGAGCGUCGUCCAGAAAGAGCUGUUGCAGCGACAACUGUUUGCCUCUGAGGAAGAGAUGAAGCGAAUGAAAAAUGAGGUCCAGGCAAAAGAGGAACAGAUGGCUCUGCUAGAGACUGAGGCCUCUACACGCUCUGAAUUGUUACAGCAAGAGCUUGAUGAUCUGAACAACCAAAUAAAGAGCAUGACCCAUUCUCUUGAGAUGGCCAAGGAGCACGCUCAAGCCAGAGAAGCUGUAAUGGCCAAACAGCAAGAGGAAAGCACUUUGCAGAUUGAAGAGCUUAGGAAGCAAAUUUCAGUUCUUGAAGCAGAAGUGAAUCGACUGAAGCAGGAAAUCCAGACUAAAGAGGCUGAGGUAGAUGAGAUGAAGACCAACAACUACAUGGAGUCAGAGGCUCUACAGAAUGAGAUCCAAAGUCUUCAGGGUCAAGUGCAGUGUUUGAAUGAAUCACUGAAGACUGCAACAGAGCAGGCUCAGGUUAAAGAAAACCUGCUGAAACAGAAGGAAUUUGAGUUUUCUCAGGAAAAGGACUCUCUACAAAACAUGAUGAUGACCUCAGAAGAUGAGGUAAAGCGGCUGAGAGAGCAGGUCGAGGCCAAAGAAGAACAACUGGUCACACUUAGAAAAGAGGGCUCAAUCCACUCUGACAUGCUAGAACAAGAGAUCGAAACUCUGAAAAACCAAGUAUGUGACAUGAGAGAGUCUCUCACAAAGGCAGAGGAGAAGGUUAAAGUCCUUCAGGCAGAGUUGUCAGUUGUCAAGACACUUGGAGCUGAUAAAGACCAAAGUAUAAACACACUCAGAGAGGAGGUCACUGCUCAAGCUAACGUGAUACAAAAAACAAAAGCUGAAGCUGAAGCUAGUGAGAAACUUGUGGCUGAGAUACAACAGGAGAGCUCCAAACAGACCUAUGUUCUCCAAAAUGAGAUCCAGGAUUUGAAGGAGGAGGUGGAAAGGCUUCUGGCCAAAGAGCAGAAAUUAGUUGAAACUCAGCAAGAGUCUGCUCAGCAAAUAAACCUCCUUCAGCAACAGCUUGCAUCCGCAGCUGCAGAGUUGACACAACAUGAAGCAACACAAGUUACUAACAUCAGGUUGAAAGAGACUGUGCAGGAGAUGCAGGUUACCACACUCAAAGAGAAGGAUACUCUUGUCCAAGAAAAACAGGUGCUUUUGGUUAGAAUACUCCAGGCAGAAAAAGAUCACGAAGCCAUAGUUUUUGAGAAGGAAAGACUUCUCCAAGCCAACCUGGCCCUAAAGAGGGAGAAUGUAGCCUCACGGAAGCUUGAGUCUGUACUGCAGCAAGAGCUGGAAAUACUGAAAAUGGAGAAUGAGAAAUUGCUGAAAGAGCAAGAGAAAGCAGAAGAAAUUGAGCUAAUCAAGAGAGAUCUGCAGGAACAGCUUGCCACUAAAUCAGAGGCUGCUGAACACUACAAGGCUCAGAUGGAGAAGGCUGCAAAUCAUUACAACAGCAAGAAGCAGCUUCUCCAGAAAAGCCAAGAAGAAGUGGAUGCUCUCAAGCUUUCUCUUGAAGCUAAAGAGCAUGAAAUGCACACUAUGAUAAUGGAAAAGAAAGUACUUCAGCUUGAUUUGGACAAGGCUCAAGCCAAUGAGAAGACACUUUCACACAGGGUGGCCAGCUUGGAGGCACAGCUUGCCUGUGCUGACCAGAAUUUAAGAGUACAGAAUAAGAUUCAUGCCAAUGGAGGCGGUGCAACAAGCUCGUGUUUCUUUGAGGUGCCUUACUCAAACUCGGGGGUUUGCACUAGAGCACAGGUGAAGAGAGCUAUGAGCUCAGAUAGCCUGGACCAGAGCAGUAUGGAAGACUCUCUAAACUCCACAAGAAAACUCUCAGCGCCCGAUGAAUGCAGCACACCACUUGUUCGCAGUUCAGAACGCUUGGCAGCCAAACGCCGGGGUCUAAAGGCCGAGUCACUGGAAACUUUGUACUUUACUCCUAUAAACACCAGACAAGUCAAGAGGACCGGUGCAGAGGAAAUUAUGGAUUCAACCCAAAAAAAUCCAACUUCAUCAGUCAAACGCCGCAGAACCACACAGGUUAUAAACAUCACUAUGACCAAGAAGACCCCGGGCUGCGGUGAAGCUGAUGAGACCUCCUACAGCCUGGCUUCAGCUCGCUCCCAGCCAAACCUCGCUAAUGCAAACUCUGCCCGGCCCGUGUCUAUGGAGCUGUUUGACACUCCCGCCAGAAGGACCAGCUCUGCCAGCGACCAACUCAUUGGGCUUCCAGGGUACAGACGGAGCACCAUCCAUGUACAGCCCACCAGUACCUUCUGCGUUGGAGCAGAAAACGAGCCUGAUGGUGGACCUGAAGACUGGCAGAGGAUUGCGGAGCUCCAGUCCAGGAACAAGGCCUGUCUGCCUCACCUAAAAAGCAGCUACCCUGUUGAGUCUGAGACUGGAAGGAGCGGUCCAUUGGUUUUUACAGACGAAGAGCUGCGUACAGGUGACCCGUCAGACACAAUCCGCCGAGCAUCCAUGGUUCCAAGCCAGCUGCGGGAUUCCCUCAUCUCACAUCGACAGUCACUCAUGUUGGGGCAGGUGGGUGCUGCUGCCGGCACUCGCUCCGACCGUCUGUCCUUGAUGCCAGGCCAGCUACCCUCAAGGACCGCCAGCUCCUAUCAGCUGAGGAGCCCAAAAGGCACAAAGCAGCCUUCAUCCACAUUGUCCCUACACCAAACUUCACCUGAGAAAAAGAUGAAAGCCAGCUGCUUCCCUCGUCCACUCACCCCGAAAAACAGGAGCGUGAGCAGUGGUCCUUCGAGCUCUACUCUUCGUGCUGCCCUCAGCCCAGCUGAGCGGAGGCAGUCAAUGAUGUUUACCAUCGAAAACACCCCUAAAAGCAAUAACUACCUGAAGAAACAUCUGAACAAGCUGCGCAGCUCUGCACGUAAAUCCCCAGGCGACAGCUUGAAGAAGUCGCCUGCUCAGACGAGCGCACGCAAGCACCAGGAAAAAAUGCCAUCGGGGAGUUCACGUGGUGGUGUGAGACAAGCUGGGAGAACUGGAAACUUUAAAUCACCUCAAGUGGUAACGAAAGGAUCGAGGAAAUCUCCCCAAGCUGCCAGCAGAUCUGCAAAGUCUCCUGGAUUGACAGCCAGCGCUCGCAAGAUGAUGCGAAGGAUGAAAGUCUGAUGACUGGUCAAGCCCCCCACAUCCGUUCACCCACAAAUAGUUCAUCGGGACUUUGUUUUUAACAGUUCAUCAUUCUUUUUCCAUGUUUGUUUUGCUUCUUAAUCUUUGUAUUAUAUGCACAUGUUUCUCAGUUAAUCGAUUUUAAAUGGUAUUUCAGGAAAUGGAUUUUU